CGUAUAGCUAAAUGACGUAGUAAAUGCUGCUUAGCCACUCUGUUUACAAUUUUGCGAAAAAACGAACGAUGUAUUGAAAUAUAUAUUAUAUAGCUAUGUAUGGUAUGCUUUUAGUUGUUAGCUACUUACAAAAACACAGCAUGUAGCAAAUAUGUCCAAAUAAAUUCGAAGUACUAGUGUAUUACGGUGUUUAUGCAACUUCAGUGUUGACUUUUAUGUAACCGGCGAGUAAAUUCAUAUUUCACGGACGCGUUUUCAUUUAAAUAUAUUUAAAGGCUUUGGUAACAUGGCAACGCUUACUCGCAAACUAUUACCUCUUGUAAGAAACGCGCUUUCAAAUCAAACGCGCCUCGCAUACGCACAUACAGGGUCAAUGAGGGAUGUUCGAGCAUUCACAUGCUCAGCAAGCGUGUUACAACUACAGAAUGAGCAUGGGACAAAUGCCCAUGUUUUGACUGGGAAAGUGGACAGAUUCGGCGGAGUGACAGUGAACAUCGGUGACAGUGAUUUCCCGUCGGAUAUCAGCGAAGGAGUAUUUAGUAAUCUACUGCGAGACUCUUUGGCUCAGUGGAGGACAGAGGGCCGGGUGGCAGUCUGGCUUCAUGUGCCCAUCUCUUUGAGCCGCUGUGCCGCGGCAGCUUCUGCUCAUGGCUUCACCUACCAUCACGCCAAACAGGACCAAGCCAUUCUGGCUCUGUGGCUGGGAGAUGGGCAGAGCAGGCUGCCUGGGUUUGCUACUCAUCAGAUUGGAGUGGCAGGUACCCCAGGUGCAGUCGUUGAUGAGUCAAAUGGAAAGGUUCUCGUUGUUCAAGACAAAAACAAGACAGUAAAUGCAUGGAAGUUCCCUGGAGGGCUCUCCGAUCCAGGAGAAAACGUUGGCACCACUGCGGUCCGAGAGGUCUUUGAGGAGACUGGAGUCCGCUCUGAGUUCAAGUCCCUUCUGAGCAUCCGGCAGCAGCACAACCACCCGGGUGCUUUUGGUAUGUCCGACAUGUACAUCAUCUGCCGCCUCAGCCCUCUCACUCAUGACAUCAACUUCUGCACCCAGGAGUGCCUGCGCUGCGAGUGGCUGGAGCUAACCGAGCUGGCCAAGACACACGCCACAACACCCAUCACUAGCCGCCUAGCCAGCCUCCUGCUUCACGGCCUAAACCAGGGCUUUGACAAGAUUGAUCUGGCUAUGGAGGAGCUGCCAGCUGUCUACUCAGGGAGGUUCUACCAGCUGUACCACAGGGAGCUGCCGCAGGUGCUAAAACACAAGGCCUGAGGACAGGGUCCGGCCUUACUUAGCACAACGAUGCUAAUUGCACUAGCACGUCAGUGCUUGUCAUAUUAGUGUGUGGAUGGUGUUCUACCAUAAUACUAGGAAGUGUAUAUUUAUGGCAGACUGGAAUAUGUUUUUAUAAACUGUUACUAGGGAAGGAGGGUGUAGCAAAUGGUACCGAUGAUGACCACUGUAAAGGACAUUUUGCACAAAUCACAAGAUGUUCCUCGUCUGUAAAAAAUCUAAUAAAAAUACACAAUUUGAAGAAAUUGGCAACUCUGUUUGGGAAGAACCUCAGGGCCACUAAGUUCUAAAAUCAAACAACUCAUUUAUAUUUUAAGAUAGAGAGGUAAAAUAUGUACUAGGUCUACUGUUUGUCUUGCAAUGAGUUUAGUGUAAUGGUGUGCUCGAUUUAGCUUUGCCAACCCAAUGUUCUAUUUGAAGGUUUUAUCAAGUAAAGUUCUGGGCAUAAAAGCUGACCUUUACUGCCGUGCAGUAAAACUUUACUUUUUAAAGCCCAGAACUACUAAGUGGCAUUUCACUUUUGUCUAAAAUGAUGUAUUUCAAAAUUGUUAAGAGGAAAAAUAAGCAAAUUAUCAAAGUACAAUACAAUAUUUGAAGCAGCCUUAGUUAAACUCACAUUUAUAUAGCUGAAUGGCGAAGGUGCAUAAAGAUGGAGGAAUUCAGAUAUGACAUUGUUUGAGCACUAUCCAGAGUUUUUAAACUACGGUGCGUGACAUGGUUCAACGCACCAAUAAAUCAGCACAAUCUACUUUUUAGUUUUUUCAAAUUGCCGCCUUCUUGGAGCUAGAAUUGGUAUCAUGUAUACUGUACUAAUGCCAAUAUAAAAAAAAUAGUAAAUGGAGAGCACUGUACAAUACGGCGAAUUUAGCAUAUUAGGUGUUUGUAAGUACACGGAGGGCCAGCAAAAAAUAAUGUAAAAAUACAUGGGGGCCACCAACUUUAUGCACCUUCACCAUUGAUUGAAAUGCCUGCCGUUGAAGAACCCAACUACAGGGAUGAUGUCACUGAGGAUGAGUGAGCUCUGUCUUUUUCAUAUCUCGCUGAGUUUUAAGAUGAGUAAGACAAGGUGAGCUCAGCUCAGCGUCUGGCUGACAUGGGGAGAAAGAGAAUGGCUUUUUGGCCCGGUCCAGUUUUGGAUCCUGACUUGUACUGGCCAGUCCUUUUCAACGCCACAUACAUGUCAGGGUACUUCCGAGAGCGGUAGGUGUUGUAGUUGUUACUCUCCAACCUCUCCAUGAAGUAGCAUUCAUCUGUUGUCCGUCUCUGAAGAGAGAGAGAGAACGAAGGAAAAACAUGAAUUUAAUAUCUAGAGGUUCAUUUAAUACACUUGUUGGUCCAGUUGUGUUAUUCUUGGAUACGCUUGAUCCAGUUUCAUAUUGUAUACUGAACCAAUGAUGAAUGUCAAUGAAACACUGUUUGUGUUUGUCUUAUGCAAUGAAACACAAUGGUCCGGUUUCCCAGACCCAGAUUAAUAAAUCUACUCCUGGAUUAAAAA